AUGAAGUACUCGCUCGUCUUUGUCGCGCUCGUCGUCAUAGCCACCGUUAAUGGCUCGCGCCUACCCGCCGACGCGACCGAGUUCAGCCCCACCUCGGAAGUCGACGACCUCCAUGCUCUCGAUGAACAUACGCCGCUCCGGGCCCGAUCUCGGCCAUCCAUUCCACUACCCGCUGUAGAGCCAGAGUGA